UUCGGCAUUCUUCCGAAGGGACGAGUGUAAACAAAUGCUGUUUUUUGUAUUUCUGCUUGAUUAGACUUCAAGCAACGCAUGUGUCGUCUUACUUUGUACAAAGGGAAAUUCACAAUUUUCGUUUUUUUUCCAUCAUGCGAUGUAUUGUUCAGCUAACUCGUAGGUAGACGAACGGACUCAUCAUGGUUGAGUCAUUUCCACAGGUGUUUACACUCAGGUUCAAGGCUCGCAUGUAUCAGCAUAGUGCGCGUCUCACACAUGUUUAAGAAUACGUGAGGCUUAUUUAAGUGUCAUGCGCCUCAGUCGUGCUUUAUUGGGGUUAAGCUCAGCGUGUGCAAAAAGUUUCACAGGUCAACUUGCUGUUUAUCGCCCGCAAAUCCAAUGUGCCACUUUCGUUCGGGACUAUAAUCUGCUAAAGUCAUCAUCACAUCAAGUCCAACAUCAGACAAACGGACUUUCUUGUCUGUCCUAUUUAGCUGGAAGUGCGAUGGAAUCUGCAAAUGUGUCUAUUGCAUUAAAUAAUAAUGAUGAAGAUGAUGAGGGUGAUGGUCUCACGAGUGAGAAUGUGGGAAAGUGUGACACAACGACUACGCAAGCAAUGGAUACAGUCCUCAAAGCAAUAAUGCAUGAAGAGACCAACGAUUCUAAGAUUAAAACAAAUCAGAAAGCUGCAACGAGGAAGAUGAAGCAGCAGAAGAGGAAGAUGAUUAAGAAGAAGGAAAUGUCAGAUAAGUCAUUUGAAGAUUUGAAUGCAGAGCUUCCGUUUGCUCUCACAAGCCCCACGUCAUGGUCUAAGUUGGGAUUUCCCGAUCAAAUUUCAACUGAGAAGAAACGAAAACGAAAGAGAGGAGAGAGUGGAGCACGGGUGGACAGUGAGGAAGAUCGAGAAAUGAAGAAGAAAAAGGAGAUUCAGCGUCCAAACUAUUUUGUCUCCAUCCCUAUCAUCAAUCCACAGAUCAAAUCAACCGUGACGGAAGUGCAGGAGGCGAUGCUUCAGCUAGAGCCCCGAUUGGUCAAAGCCAUGAUUCCUGUCCCGACUCUGCACAUCACUCUUUUAGUAACUCAUCUGUCCAAUCAGGAGCAAGUGGAGCGGGCAGCCAGCGUGUUGGCUGAAAUCGAGCCCUCAUUGGUGGAGCUGCUGGGUGGGCGGGAUCUAGUGCUGCCCUUCUCUGGCAUCAGUCAUUUCAGGAAGGAGGUGGUGUUUGUUGGCCUGGCCCCGGGACAGCACAGACACACUCUGGACAGCCUGGCAGGUUUGCUGCGCAGCAGUUUCGAACAUCACGGCCUUCUGCGGGGGGAUGAACGCGGGUUCGAACCUCACCUCACCAUUAUGAAGCUCUCCAGAGCCUCCAAGCUCAAAUCUCAGGGACUGAAGCGUGUGGAUCCUGCCCUUUACUCCAACUACACAAACCGUUUUUUUGGUGAUCAAACCGUGGAGAGGUUGGAUCUUUGUUCCAUGUUGAAGAAGAAGCAGCCGGAUGGAUACUACCAUACUGAGACGUCGCUGCCUCUCGCUAUUUCAGGUGAGAGAAAAGAAAAGAUGGAACAGAGUGUAUCACUGUGACCCAUAGGUAGAACCCAAGUGUGUGUAAAUGAAGCACUCUUGUGGUUAAAGUAUCUUUACAGAACUGCCCUUCUUUUUGUGCUGAUCCUGAGCACACACAUGGUUGAAAGUCUGAAGAGCCCUUGUCCCAGAGUCACCCCACCAGACCUUUUCCCAAAUGCGGUAAUGAAACGGAUGAGAAAUAUUUUCACCGAACUAUCUGCUGAUGUGCCGCUGUAAUAGCGUUUCCAUUGAAAAUUUGAUGAGCAGCUAUUUCUCUGCUUUCACUCGCAGCACAGAGGGACAGGGUAUCAUCCUUUUUGGAAUUGAUUUGUAAUGAACAGCCGGCAGUUUAUAAUCUAUACAACUGAUCUUGAUGAAUGAAACGGAGAUCAGGUGUGGAAUAUUAAGUUCGUAUUGAUCCUGUAAAAAGCCUUUUAUGCAUAGUUUUUUCCCCCCUGUGUGCUGCAGACCAUUAACUCUGUUUCCUACCACAGGACUUGAACCGCUGCCAGAAAAGCAUAAUCUGCAUAAUAUAAAGUGAAAGCUUGAGGCUCUUAACAGUCUACCAAGAGGAUUUAUCUCUGAGAAAACAGCAUUUUAGUGCUGUGUUUGUUGAAUUUGAUGUUCCCACGAUUAAAACUUCUUGUGAAGAUUUAAUGGCACUUCCACACUAGAGCGAAGUCCUUGGUGUUUACAGACCACACAGGGAUCAGAGGAGGCUGAUUUAUUUGCUCACUUCCUCAGUUCUGUGUUGGUAAUUAUGCUGUAAAGACACUAUUUUGUUUUCAAUUUCAGACAAACCGUGUUUUAAAAGAGCCUUAGAGGUUGAGAGUCGCUUUCUGGCCAGCAGAUCUAUACAUGCUUUGUUUGUAGAGUCUCAUUUAGGGAAGCCAAUUUCACAGCACUUUGUCGUGAGUUGUAUUUUUUACAAGUUUAUUUGGUGUCAUGGACAGCGUUUUUUGUUGUUUUAUGUUGUGCUCUGUGAAGAUGUCAUGAUGAAUAUAUGCAGCUUUAAUAAACACACUAUCGGAGGGUUGCUGCCAUGCACCCCAGUUGACAACUUAUAGAACUCGUUCAAAUGGGAUCUCUGGUGAAAAACUCCAUUGAAUCAUAUGUGGCACUUUGCGUCAACCAUUUAGCAUCCUCUGUAAAUUUUGUUAAGCUGCCAAUCUGUCCAUUUCAAUACCAUUUUCUAGAACAGUGGUUUUUAAAUGGGGGUGCAUAGAAAUAGGGGCACACUUAGGGUGCAGAACGGUGCCAGACCGGUGAGAAGGUUUUUAAAGAUGGAAUGCAGACUGUAAAUGGGGCACUUUGACUUCUGUUUCCAAAUAAUGUCACCAAACUCCUUCACUGGAUGAUCAAUGUUGUGAUGUCCGAAAAGACGCCUUCUUAGUUAUGAGGAUAUGCCUGUAAUGUUUAUUGGUUAGGGCACAACUCAUGGCCCGGGGGCCAAAUUAGGCCCAGCAGGUCAUUUCUGCUCUUCCAAGCAGAGGUCUGAAAUGUUGAACUUACUCGAACAACUUCCAAAAAUGGACAUAUUGAUGCUAAUGAAUGGGGAAUAUUUCAUGAUAGUUGUUUACAUUUGUCGGAGAAAAAUGGGUUCUGGUUCCAGGUGAUGGGUGAUAGGCUGCUCCAUUAAUUUUGUGUUGUUUCAUUGGACAUGUUGUGCCCUUGUGUGUUUGAGGUGACAGUAUUUAUGUGAUGAUCGGUGCUGCAGUCUGCCUGAGAGCUGAGCACAUACAAAUUAAUCCACAGCCUGGGAAACAGUGUUCAAUUUUACAGAUUAUUUUUGAUUAAUAAGGGAACAUCUUUAGGAGAGACCCAAUUUUCGGGGACUACUACUCAAGCUGUGGCGGUGAAGUGACUGUGGAUGAAUGAUGAUUCUGUCUAAGGAUGCGCUAGAGAGGGAGAGAGAGACCUCAUUGGUGCUCCGUUCUUGUGAUCAAUCGUUGGUCAAUUUUGGCUUAAUGUGUUGCCUACAUUCCCCCAAAUCAUAGUUUGCUCAUGUCAGUGUUCAGUCUUCAGGCGCACUUCCACAUGUUGACAUAGACUUGAUAGAUUGGGAGUCCUAAAAUCCCACUUGUGUGCUGCCCCACUAAUUACUGUGUGUGUUGCCAGUAUGUGUCUCCUGUCACCAUGUUUUUGUAGAUCACUGUGACGGGCAGAACUUCCCCUGAGAAGUAACAUUUUCAGGUUGUUUUUGACAGCGUAACGCUCCAUGUGUCUCAAUAAUGUGAAACAUUGAAUGUUCAAUAUUGAAUUACUGAUUUCAUCUGAAGCUUUUGCCUCUAAAUAGAACUUAAUCUACACAACAAGAAGGGGAGGAUAUUUAUAUCAGAGGCUUUUGAGAGGAGAGCAUUUUUCCCUGUGCAGACUGAUGAAUAUUAAGCAGCCACAUGGAGAUUCAUCAACAUGAAAAACACUGUUGCUGUAAAACCAGCCAGAACACAGAAGCCAUAAAUCUGAAUAGAUUCUGUUGUUGUGAGUAAUGGUUAGUUGGCAGCAAAUCUUUUCCCAGAGGAUCCUAAUUAUUGUGCCCACACACUGUAGUAUAUCGGUCACCACUGCAGAGCAGGGCAAUUCAUCCUCCCAAGGAGGUACUUGAAGACGUGGUAUGAUGGCAGAGGGGAGAUAUGUAUAAUCUUAAAAAAGGUUAGUGAAGCGAUCAUAAGAAAGUAGGUAGACAAGCGGAAAGAGCAAUAUUAUAAUUUGAUAAAUACAUUGAAAUUUGUACAACAUUAUAACAUAUUUAUAUAUUGUAGCACCAGGUAAUUUAAAAAAGACACUAUGGUGUAUUGGUAAAUAUAAAUGGGAGCGAUAAAACUGUAUUUUCUUAUCAGUCUUAUCAUUUAUGUCUCUAGUCUUAUUAUUAUCAUCACUAUCAUUAUAAAUAUUUCAGGGGUGAUGGUCAAUUUUUUCCACCAUUAAAAAAAGAUUGGAAGCUUGCGUGUGUCCUCGUGUGUUCUGGAUCAGUGCAACGAGUGCUGCCUCAGUGCAUGAUCCCAGACGCACUGUACAAACAUCAGCCGAUAAUGUAUGUAAACUUCCUGUUUCCAGCCUGUUCAGAUAAUCUCAAGUUUCUCUGGCUACUAUCUGGCUCCAUAGACAGUACAUGGUAAUCCUAUAAAUCCACAGGACAAUGUAAUCCCAGCCAUUCCCAUGAGUUUGGUGUGUUUAUAUCUUUGUGAGAACCGUUUUUUAAUUAAAAUCGUGAAGACAUUUUUAUGGAACAUAUACAAAUAUAAUUAAUAUGUAAUUAGAAUUCAUCCUCCGUCUAUAAAAUUAUAUAUACAUUUUACUCUUCUUACUGUUUUCCUCCCUCGCCUCUAGUUCUGUCUCCAUUUUUACAGCUGCACUGUUAAUCACCGCUAAUCUUGAAUGUGCCUGGGGCAGUUGUAAAGAGGAUUAUUUUUUUUUAUCUGUUUAUUUUCUGCCACUUUUUCGUGGUUGUGGAGGGGUGAGGCUAUCUCAGCCAGUGGAGGCGACGGGUGGGGGACACUCUGGACUGGUGGCCAUUUCACCACAAAGUGCAUAGGGUAUCGGCCCAGCUCUCCAGUUUCAUCCCAUGAGGAUUUAUUCACUAGUGUUAAGUCUUCAGUGUAACCAGUAAUGUGAUGGAAUAAUUCAUCAAA